AAUAAAUAAUGCGACCGCCAUUGUACAAUCAGUAUUGUCUGCUACCAAAACAUAUUUAGUUUAAGAAAAUGUAACGAUCGUGUAUUAUGAACAAUAAUACGUUGAAGUUUUUGUAAGUUAACAAUGAGCAUAUUGCAUUGCAAGGCAUUUUUAGUGCUUUUUCUUAUAAAAUCCGUGCACUUGUACUGUGGGCCAUACAAUGGACAAAUAUGCAGGAAACAUUCAACGGGGUACGUGUGGUACAAUCACACAGGUGGACUAGAUAAUGAAAAAAUCACCACAGGUCUCUGGAAAGACCUGAUAUCACCUCUCAAGGAACCAUGCAGAAGUAGAGCAGAAAAAUUACUUUGUGCAUAUGCUUUCCCCAAGUGCAUCAAUAAAGAUGGAAUUGGCCACUAUCCCUUGCCCCUGUGUUAUGAAGACUGUAUGGCUGUUAAAAUGCAAUUUUGUUAUAAUGACUGGAUUUUAAUUGAAGAACAGAAAAGUCGUGGAGUUUUCUUUGCGUCUCGAGGUCACUUCCGAUUUCCUGAAUGCGAGAAACUACCUCGUUUUGCAGGAAAAGGUUCACAAGUAACCUGUAACAAUGCUGGCAUCACAGACAUGGAUUACAGCCAAGUAACAACAAAUUGUUACAGGGGUAACGGCCGGUACUACCAAGGCACUGUAAAUGUUACAGAAAGUGGCUUGGCCUGCCAGGCAUGGGAAGAACAAUUCCCACAAGAACAUACAAGGCCACCAUUAGUUUUUCCAGAAGUACAAAAUUCUUCUAACUACUGUAGAAAUGCAGGCGGAGAAGAGCGCAAACCUUGGUGUUACACUAUGGAUAGACAUGUCAGAUGGGAACACUGUAACAUACCAGUAUGUGCCAACUCUAGUGAGGAAUUUGACAAUAUUGAUGGACCAAACAUAGUUAUGGAAAAUUAUUUUACACCAACAUUUGUAUUAUUACUUUCAAUUGGUGGGCUAGGGUGUGUUUUGGUAAUAGUUUCAAUAGCUCUGUUGUGCCACUAUUUCCUUAAAAACCAUUACUCCAAAUGCAACCUCUCAAGUCGGAGGAACUUACCCAAUAUGGAUAUUGAUUUAGAUAAACUGCCCAGUAAUUUAGCAUACCAUACUACUGGAGCACAGUUGAAUCCAAAAUUAGAGAAGUUGGAAUUCCCAAGAAAUAACAUUAUUUAUAUCCGUGAUUUAGGCCAAGGAGCAUUUGGAAGAGUAUUUCAAGCCAAAGCUCCAGGCUUAGUGCCUGAAGAAGAGUUCACCCUUGUGGCUGUAAAGAUGCUCAAAGAUGAUGCAUCCCAUGACUUGCAAUUAGACUUUGAAAGAGAAGCCUGUUUGUUGGCAGAUUUUGACCAUCCGAAUAUUGUAAAACUUCUGGGUGUCUGUGCCAUUGGGCGACCUAUGUGCUUAUUAUUUGAAUUCAUGGGAAAAGGAGAUUUAAAUGAGUAUUUAAGAGCCUGCAGUACAGCAGCAAAUUAUCCUCCAGCAGUUGAAAACAGAGAAGAUUUGAGACUUCUUGUAACUCCCCUCAACCAUAUGGACCUGCUGCAUGUAUCCAGACAGAUUGCUUCUGGUAUGGUUUACCUUUCAGACCGAAAAUUUGUACAUCGGGACCUAGCUACAAGAAAUUGUUUAAUUAAUGAUGACAUGGUGGUAAAGAUUGCAGACUUUGGACUUUCGCAUAAAAUUUACUUACAAGACUAUUACAAAGGUGAUGAGCAUGAUGCUAUCCCUGUAAGAUGGAUGCCUUUAGAGAGUAUACUGUACAAUAAGUAUACAUUAGAGUCAGAUGUUUGGGCAUAUGGCGUAUGUCUAUGGGAAAUAUUCUCAUUUGCUUUACAACCAUACUUUGGUAUGACACAUGAAGAAGUUGUCAGAUUUUUAAAGGAUGGAAAUGUUCUCGCUUGUCCUGAUAAUACACCAAGAUGUGUAUAUGAUUUAAUGAAACAGUGCUGGAAUCAUAAUCCAAGUGAUCGUCCAAACUUCAGAGUUAUCUAUCAAACAUUGGAUAAUAUUCAAGUCAUACUUGAAAGGACUCAUUCAGAAUAAAUUUACUGGCGGUUUCUAUAUGUUAUUUGUAAGCAUGAAAAUGUUUUGUAUAUUCUAAACAUUCUUGCCCUCCUUAUAUCUGUAAAUAGUAUUUAAUCAUAUUUAGUUAAUUGGUCAAUAGUCAUUUUGUAAUUGAUUCAAAUGUAUGUCAAUUUUAUGAUAAGUACCAAUUUAUUUUCCCAGUUGAUUAAGCUCAAUUUUCUGUAACUAUGCCAAAAUACCAUAAAAUAUGUUCCUUUAGUACAUAAUCUUUAUGAAUGUUGAAAAUAUCCAUAACAGUUUUCUUAAAGAAAGUAAAAUACCUGAUUACUUACUAACCAUGGCAAAUCUGUCUUAAUCAUGGCAAUACAAUUUGGUUAUCGUUUAUUAUUUUUCGAUUAUUUCCUAUUUGCAUAGAACCUCCUCCUCAUAGAAACCAUACAUUGAAUUUAUAUAAUUACAUACAAAUUCAAAGUAUGUGUCCCAAACAUUUCAACUCAUUUUUGAUAGCUGUUUAUUCGAAUUAGCAAGUCUGAUUUUCGUGUUUUGACUUUGUAUAACUCAUUUAAAAUUGUACUUAAUUAUGUAGAUAUUUAUUUAAUUAUUGCCAAUGUUGCAUGCACAUAACUUUACUGAUUUUAGUGUGUGAAAAAUGUGUAAGUUUGACUUGUAUGAUAUUGUAAUUUUGCCAAAUGAACGAAUAUUUAAAGAUAUGUAUUUUUUGUAACAUCAAUGUAGUUUUAAAUACUGUAUGUGUUGUAAUGAAAUAAUUUUUAAAUACGUGUAAUUUUCAAGACUGUACCGUU